AUGGCCGGCAUAGAACAGCUCGAGAUACACAGCAAGUCCUACAUCAUAAGAUGGGUCAAGGUCGACGAGGGCCACACCAUCUCGUGGAGCAUACAACCUCACAAGAAGUCCAUUAACUUUGGCAUUGUCAAACACCCAGGCACCGGCGCGACCAACCUCACCUCGAUCAGCGGCGACGAAGACCAUGCAGAUGGCGUGCAGAACAAUGUCAAGGGGGGUCUCUUCAAGAAGGAUGGGAGCAGCGCCCAGGAACAGCUCUCAAGCAAGGGCUUCAUGCUCAUGAAGUGGAUCGGCAAGUGCGAAGCCGACAAGGUCUCGAUAGGCACCUACGACGUGGCCAAGGACAAGGGCGGCAUGUUUGGCCUCGUCUUCGACAACACGUUCUCCAAGCAGACCUCCAAGACCGCGACAUUCGUCCUCCUCACGUAUCCGACCGGCCUUCCCCCACAAGGCGCGACGCAUCUGCCUAACCUGCAAGCCGGACCCCAUGCGGCAGCGAGUCGGACCAGCCUGGGCAAGCCCAAGAUGCUGGACUCGGGGCCCAACGAGUCCACAGACAGUCUUCACAGCCAUCAGAGCAAUGACAGGAGAAAUCGAAAAGGCUCAUCGGCCGGCCGGAGCGAGGUUGCAAUGACUUCGACGUCGACAUACCACACCGGUAACCUGCUGAAGCGUCGGAGGAAGAAAGGCCAGGGCUUCGCCCGCAGGUUCUUCUCGCUCGAUUUUACGACCUGCACGCUGUCCUAUUACUACAACCGCAAGUCCUCGGCGCUGCGCGGUGCCAUACCACUUAGCCUGGCCGCAAUCGCAGCCGACGAGCGUAGGAGGGAGAUAAGCAUCGACUCGGGCGCUGAGAUCUGGCAUCUCAAGGCCGCCAAUGCGGAGGAGUUUGCGGAAUGGGCCAAGGCCUUGGAGCGGGCAAGCAGAAUCGCACGUGGGCUCGAAAACGGCUCAGACCCGUUAGCUCCGCUGACACAGAAGCUCACCGUGCUCACGACUGGUGGCUUACCUGCGCCGCCGAGCCAGGAGGACGAGCGCGAGUGGCAGCAGAUGGAGACGCUCGUGAGUCGCGUGGUCGGCACCCGAGACGCUCUGCGCCGCCUCGUCAAGGACAUGGCUGUGCAAAAGCAGACCCAAACGCAGCACCAGCGACCGACGAGCUCGUACUUGUCCCCAGGCGGGACGCCCGUGGUUGUAGAAGAAGAGGAGAACUACUUUGGCGCCCCGGCGCCAGAGAAGAGACCAUUCUGGCGGCGAAGGUCCAGUGCGCAGCAUGCCACUUCCGCUGCUCUUGGCUCUGCCGCUUCAUCGGCGCUCGCUGUUCCGUCACCAGGCACAGCUGCUGGGGCAGCUAGCGUGCAUGCUGCCAGACGGCAGAACGGCAAGUCUCAGGAGGAAGUGAACACCCAGGAGCAUUGCGCCGCGAUAUUGAACGAUCUCGAAACUGUCGUCGCCGAGUUCAGCAACGUCAUUGCGAACAGCAAGCGGAGGCGUAUCGGUAUUCCUAGGUCCGCCUCGGCAAGACGUAGCAUGGAGUCGACAGCCUCGGCGGACGAGUUCUUUGACGCGGAAGCUGGCGACGCCGACGACGUUUCGCAAGUGGUACGGAUUGAGCAUCGGGCGAGCGAGGAGGAGUCGGAGGGAUCUGACGCUGACGACGCGUCCAUCCAUGACUCGUCGUCGAUAUCGUCCGUGGAAUCGAAGGUCGAGCCAAGUGAUCGCAGUGGUGCUCUAGCUUUGUUUCCAGCCAAGCCAAAGUCGCUCUCUCCUCUCCCGAUCGAUAUCGCCGUUGAGCGCCGGGUGACCAUCCCUCCGGCCACAAUACCGCCACCCAGCCUCAUUGGGUUUGUCCGCAAAAAUGUCGGAAAAGAUCUCAGUGCCAUCAGCAUGCCCGUUUCUGCCAACGAACCCACGUCUAUGCUGCAGCGUGUCUGCGAACAGCUCGAGUAUGCCCCGUUGCUGGAUAAGGCGGCCAAGGCGCAGACACCCCGAGAGCGCCUGAUGUAUGUGACGGCGUUUGCUGUGUCGCAAAUCAGUGUAAACAGGUCAAAGGAGCGUGCCAAUCGAAAGCCAUUCAAUCCGCUACUUGGCGAGACCUUUGAGCUGCUUAGGACGGACAACGAAGUGCCAGGAGGCUUCCGCUUGCUAGUGGAGAAGGUUGUCCACCGGCCAGUGCGGUUGGCCAUGCACGCGGAUGCCGCGCUGUGGUCAUUCACGCAGAGCCCAGCGCCGGCGCAGAAGUUCUGGGGUAAGAGCGCAGAGCUGACCAGCGAGGGACGCGCUCGCAUCGCCCUCAGGCUUGCUGACGGCACCGACGAGUUCUACUCGUGGAAUAUUGCGACAAUGUAUCUGCGUAAUGUUGUCAUGGGCGAGAAGUAUAUUGAGCCCGUCAACAACAUGACAAUCAACAAUGAGUCCUCUGGUGCUAGGGCGACGGUCGACUUUCCAUCCAAGGGUGUGUUCGGUGGCCGUAGCGAGGAAGUCAAGGCGGAUAUCUACGAGGCAGAUGGCAGCCACGCCGGGUUGAGCCUAGCAGGAACAUGGACAACUUCAUUACGCGUGGUUGAGAACGGCAAGGCCGGCGCCGAUGUCUGGAAGGCUGGCGAUCUCGUGCCAAAAGCCACGAGCACUUACGGAAUGACGACGUUCGCAGCAAGCCUCAAUGAGAUCACGGCGAUUGAGAAGGACCGCCUGCCGCCGACGGAUUCACGCUUGCGCCCUGACCAACGAUUCGCGGAGCAAGGCAAACUCGAUGACGCAGAGGCCUGGAAGGUGAAGCUCGAGGAGGCACAGCGCAUCAGGAGGCGCGAUCUGGAGGAGCGCGGUGAGGUUUACCAGCCCAAGUGGUUCGUCAAGGUCGGCGAUGAAGCUGCUAGCAGCAGUGGUGCCGGUGGCGAAUGCGAGGAGGUCUGGCGCUUCAAGAGUGGCAAGGACAGCUACUGGGAGCACCGCGCUGCUGGGGACUGGAAGGGCGUCGAUGAGAUUUUC